AUGUAUCGCAUUAUCACGUUCCUGGUCGGCCUGAUCCCCCUCGCGCAGCUCGUCCACGCCUCGCUCGACAUCGUCUCCGGUGCGACGUGGACUGCGGCGGGGACCAACAAGCAUAUCCAGGCCCAUGGCACCGGGCUCACCGAGGUGGACGGGGUGUAUUACAUAAUCGGCGAGAACCACACCUCCGGCUCCAGCUUCCAGUCGAUCAACUGCUACUCUAGCACGAAUCUCCGGGACUGGACGUUUGAGAACGAGCUCUUGACGUUGCAAGCUUCCGGGGAUCUGGGGCCUAGCCGCGUCGUCGAACGGCCCAAGGUGAUUUACAACGACGACACAAGAAAAUACGUCAUGUGGCUGCACAUCGAUGACUCGAGCUAUGCGGAGGCCCGCGCAGGCGUUGCUACGAGUGAUACGGUGUGCGGAGCGUAUACCUAUCUCAACGCGUCGCGGCCGCUGGGGUUCCAGUCACGAGAUCUCGGUCUCUUCAAAGAUACCGAUGGAACGGGCUAUCUUCUUACCGAAGACAGGGCCAACGGUCUGCGCAUCGACCGGCUGUCGGCCGACUACUUGACCGUCGAAAGCAACGUUCAUCUCUUCACGGCGGACUACGAGGCGCCCGCCGUUUAUAAGACGGGAGACACGUAUUUCAUGUUUGCCAGUCAGCUGUCAGGGUGGAGCCCAAAUGAUAACAAGUACACUACGGCGACGAAUCUCUCUGGGCCCUGGUCGGACUGGGCGGACUUUGCACCCUCGGGCUCAGAUACUUACAGCUCACAGACCAGCUAUGUCGCCGAUGUGGACGGCCUGGUGAUGUACAUGGGCGACCGGUGGGUGUCGACCGACCUGGCCUCGUCCACCUACAUCUGGCUCCCGUUGACGAUCAGCGGAACCACCGCCACAAUUACCUCCGACGCCGCCUGGACCCCCUCCUUCAAAGACGGCACCUGGACUACCGUCUCUAACACCACCACAUACGGCGCCAAAUCCGCCGGCACGAUCGCGGGGUCCGCCACCUCCAUCACCUGCUCCGGCUGCAGCUCCGAGAUCAUCGGCUGGCUCGGGGGCCCCGACAAUGGGACCCUGACAUUCGGCGCGGUGGACUUCGCCGCCGCCGGAGAGAAUACCCUGCAGAUCUCGUACGGGAACGGCGACAGCACCCAGCGCUACUGCUCCGUCACCGUCAACGGCAAGACGCACAUCGUCGCCUUUCUGCCCUCUGGCGGGCCGCAGACGCUGCGGACCAGUGUGCUGAAUGCGGAUGUUGAGCAGGGCAGUGGGAAUGUGGUCACCUUCUCUGCGUACAACGGGGGAUACUGUCCUGACAUUGCUGGCUUGGUCAUCUCAUAGAGAUCGGAUUUGGCUGGGGUGCGUUGACUGGCUGGAAUUUGUCAGUGUGGGGUGUAUGCUGGAGCCCUUGUCGAUUGUGCGAUUGCAGCGGAAUAACUGUCGUCAGUUCGGAAAUGCGUGGGGUUGAUCACGAUUCCUUUUUCUCGGGUGCGGAGUGUAUUCACAAUAACACGGGAGUGAUAAACAGCAGCUUCC